AUGGCUUACGAGGAGCAGGUCCGCUCGCUGGCGGACACCGUGCAGCUCUACUGGAAGGACCCGAGCGGCUGGCGGAGCUGUAAGCGCACGAAUGAAGUUUCAAUUUAUUGGAGACCAUCAACUGAGUUUUCUGGCAACAUAUACAAAGGAGAUGGAAUAGUCUCUGCGAGUCCUGAGGCUGUCUGGGAGUGCUUAAAACCAGAAGCUGGUGGACUUAGAACAAAGUGGGACCAAAAUGUGAAGGACUUUGAGCUGAUUGAAACUAUUAGUGAUACUAUCUCUAUAUGCAGAACUCUUACCCCAUCAGCCUUCAUGAAGAUUAUUUCUCCAAGAGAUUUUGUAGAUGUGGUGCUAAUUAAGCAGUAUGAAGACGGGACUAUAGCAUCUGCUGCAACCAAUGUGGAACAUGCACUCUGUCCUCCCCAACCAAGAUACGUGAGAGGGUUUAAUUAUCCCUGUGGUUGUUUCUGUAUACCUGUUCCAGGGGAACCAGGCAAGACCCAAGUCCUCACUUUCUUUCAGACUGAUCUUGGUGGCUAUCUUCCCCAGACUGUAGUGGACUCAUUCUUUCCGAGCAGCAUGGCUGGAUUUUACAGCAAUCUGACCAAAGCGGUAAAGACAGUGAAAACUUGAGAGGCAUUUUCUCAAAGGAAAUCCGAGUCUCAUUGCUGGGACUUAGAAGGGAGGGUAAGAAAGGCUAUUAUUGGUGGCAUAACAGAUUAGAUUAAGAUAAAAAUGGAAGAAAUGAUGGGAUCAGAAACCGACCUGCAAUGCCUUUCUAACAAUAUAGAUAUGUAGGACAGUUGAAGUGGGAACAAAGUCGCAGUCCAUUU